AUGUUACAAGGACUUGUGGCGGCGUCAACUCCCCGAAUGCGACUAUUCGUAGGCCAAAGAAAGGAAGUCAUUGAGAGCAUACAGGAGGUCAUUACUGCGGAGCGUCCGGGCAUACCACUUAUCAUCAAGGAUUCAUGGCAAUACCCAGAACGCGAUGAAGAAGGCGAAUUACUAUGCAAGGCGACUGCUAAAGCAAUGCAAAUCGCGAGGGCACUCCGCAGCAAUGGAUUCCAUUGUCGUGGCAUGAAGCCAGCAGGCGCGGAUCGCAGGAGUAUGAUGCGUGAGAAUGCUGGUGUGCAGGAUUCGCGAUGUUUAAUGGGUACUUGGCAGACGCCGGUUGCAUUUUUUGCAUUUUUCGCAGAAGCAAAAGGCCGCAGGCCGCGGCCGAGGGGCUGCUGGGAUAUUAUGGAGACUAAACUUGAGGCGGUGGAAAACCACAAAGCAGUAAAAGCUCCUUGGUAA